GGUCAAUACAGCGAAGACAUCAUAUGCUUCAUUCAGAGAAAUUUCUACGUAGAUGAUGGUCUGGCAAGUGUUAACACUGAGAGGGAAGCCAUUCAGCUAGUCAAGGAAUCAAGGGAACUUUGUUCCACCGGAAAGUUAAGGCUCCACAAGUUCGUUUCUAAUAAUGAGAAUGUGAUGGCAUCCAUCCCAGAUGAAGAACGUGCCACUGUCAAGGAUCAAGACAUGACCUUGAGCUUACCUCAUAUGGAAAGAGUGCUCGGCGUAGAGUGGUGCAUCACCUCCGAUUCAUUCAAGUUCAGAGUGCAAGUGAAAACCAAUCCACUCACAAGAAGAGGCGUGCUCUCUACAGUUGCCUCUGUGUAUGAUCCAUUAGGAUUCAUAGCACCUUUUGUACUUCUUGGAAAGCAAGUUCUCCAACAAAUGUGCAGAGAAAAAAUUGGCUGGGACAAUGAACUUCCAGAAAGUCUGAGACCUCAAUGGGAGUCCUGGAUUAGAGACCUUCCCAAGCUGUCUGAAUUGGAAAUUAAAAGAUGCUACUUACCCUCAACCUUCCACAACAUCAAGCGGUAUGAGCUUCACCGUUUUUCUGAUGCAAGCAUCUCUGGAUAUGGUGAAUGCACUUACCUGCGAGUUAUUAGUGAGUCUGAUGAAGUCCAUUGCUCUCUUGUGAUGGGAAAAUCAAGAGUCACACCAUCCAAAGUGACAACAAUACCAAGACUGGAGCUCACUGCAGCAGUAGUUGCGGUUCGAACUAGUGACAUGCUCCGCAACGAAUUAGAAAUUCAAGAUUUGCAAGAAUACUUUUGGACUGAUUCCACGGUCGUUCUCGGCUACAUAAAUAAUGAUGCCAGGAGGUUUCAAGUCUUCGUAUCAAAUCGAAUCCAAAGAAUCAAGACAAGCACGAAGCCUGAACAAUGGGCCUACGUUGCGUCUGAAAAAAAUCCGGCCGAUUACGCAUCUCGAGGAUUAACCGCAGAACAACUUAAGACCUCCAGCUGGUUCACUGGACCAAAGUUUCUCUGGCAAAGGGAAUUGCCUGACAGAGAGCGAAAAGCGGAAGAAGUUAAGGAUGAUGACCCUGAACUCCGAAAGGCAAACGUCUUCAGCACCAAGGCAAAGGAGGACAGAUUAUUAUUGGACCGCCUUGAGAAGUUCUCUGACUGGUCUAGAGUAGUGCAAGCAGUGGCCAGAUUGAGACAACGAGUUAAAGAACAGAAAGGUAAAAAACAAAGAACCAAUGAAAGUACGAGCUUAGAAGAAAGGAAAGAAGCAGAAAUUGUUAUAGUCAAGUUAGUUCAGGAAGAAGCGUUUCCAAAUGAGAUAAAGAGCUUGAAAGCAAACAAGGUUAUCUCCAAGUCCAAGAACAGUAAGCUGUACAAGUUAAGUCCAUUUUUGGACGAAGAAGGGAUCCUGAGAGUAGGGGGACGUCUAAGUCAAGCAUCCAGCAAUACUUCCAAAGGGUGA